AUGGAAGUCACAAAGCCAGUAUUGCCUUUUACACCAGAUUCAACGAUGGAAGAAAAACAAUCACCAGUAGAGUCGCAGCAACCGACUCAAGUUGUCGUCACAUUCAAUAGCAAUGACCCCGAGAACCCUUACAACUGGUCAACGAGGAAGAAAGUUUUCGUGGUGUUUACCACGACAUUGACGUUGUUCAACAGUACACUUGCAUCCUCGCUUCCAGGAAACGCAAUGCACCCGAUGAGCGCCGAGUUCGGCAUCGAUAAUACACAAGGCAAUCCAGAACUGGCUCUUCCUAUAUCUCUUUUCUUAGUGGGAUACGUAUUUGGGCCAUUACUUUUCGGGCCCCUCUCAGAACUUCACGGCCGGAAAUACGUCAUCCAAGGCGCCUUUGUUAGCUAUACCAUAUUUACUCUGGCAUGUGCUUUGGCGCCGAAUUGGGCCGCUAUGCUGGCCUUCCGUUUUCUCAGUGGCAUCUUUGCUAGCGCACCCGGCACGAUAGGAGGCGGGAUUAUAGCCGACGUCUACAGUGAUCUUCAUUCGCGAGGAAGAGCUAUCGCUUACUUCUAUGCGGCCAGCGUAUGCGCGCCACUCAUCGCUCCUACGAUAGCAGGCUAUGUCUCGCAGACCUCAUGGCGAUGGGCUUAUUGGGUUGGUGUUAUCUUUGCCGGCGCGACUAUGCUUCCGUUAGCAUUUCUACCAGAAACAUAUGGAUCUGCCAUCCUUGCACGACGGGCAAAGGGAAUACGUCAAGCAGUGCAUAAAACUGGACAUGGCAAUCCAGAGACUUAUGCCGCCAUCGAACUCGAAACGAAAGGCUGGCGAAACCUACUUGGGGUUGUGCUCGUACGUCCCUUACACAUGCUCUUCACAGAGCUUAUCGUAGCUGCUUCGAGCACCUACAUAGCACUGGCAUAUAGCAUCUACUACAUGUUCUUCCAAACGUAUCCCAUCGUCUUCAAAGGCAUAUACAACAUGUCAACUACGACAAGCGGCUUCAUGUAUUUUCCAGUAGCAGCAGGAAUUUGUCUCGGACUAGUGGUUUCCCUUUUGUGGGAUGGAUACUACAACCGGUCGAAGACCUCAGGUCGGUCAUGGGCACAGAAGAACGAGUACAGUAGGCUGCCUCUCGCAUGCAUGGGUGGUCCUCUCUUGGUUCUGUCACUCUUUUGGCUCGGCUGGACCGCACGUUCUGAUAUCACUUGGGUUUCCCCAAUGCUAGCCGGAAUCCCUUUCGGGGCGGCCCAGUUUCUACUGAGCAUCGCCUUGACUAACUACCUUGCCGACUCUUAUGGUGUAUUCUCGGCCUCUGCAAUGGCCGCGGGUGCAUGUCUACGCAAUCUUGCAGGCGCGGGUCUUUCACUGGCUGCUGCGCCCAUGUAUACCUCACUUGGCGUUGGUUGGGCCACAACUGUGCUUGGGUCUACGAGCGUUGUUAUGUGCGUAAUUCCAUUUAUUUUCAUUCGAUAUGGGAAUACGAUUAGGGAGCGAAGUGCGUUUUACCAGAAGCUGAAAGCAGACCUUGAUAUGUCUCGGGGUGCGGUGGAAAGCGAUUGA